AAUGUCAAUCCCGUCCUACAUGUAGGACAGCAGCAGCUGGCCCCACUGGCUCAUAGUCCACAGGCCCGUGCAUUGCUAGCCCUUCCAGGGCAGGAUGUGGAGUUUAUAUAUGGCAGUAUAUCCCCUUAUCAAAUAGCUUCGCACAGGCCUUCGUACAUCAACGCCAUCCUCAUACAAUCUCGCGGAAGGGCAGUGGACAACCUGUGCAGCGCAUGCCAUGGCGCUGUCUCGGGCCCACGACCGUUCCCAGAGUGCCGCCGCGCUGAGGGGCACUUUGGCGGAGCAUGUAGCAAU